AUGACCCUUGGCAACACCACCUUUGAAUUCGAAGAGGAAGAAUCCGCUGCCCUAUUCUUGGCUUUUCAUGGCGAGCUUUGUGAAGCACCUGAACUCGACACCGGGCUUCCCAUCAGCAAUAUCUCUGAACAACCAACAACUGUUGUGCCGCUUGCGACACUCAUUGUCAAUGAUCAUAUUUCUGACAGCACCACUUGCAAUUCUGUGUCAAACGAUUCGGCCUCGGAGAGCAAAGAGUCCGCCACUGGCCAAUACACCCCACCAACUCCUGUCUGUGAUUCGCCUUCUCCCGGGCCAGCUCUUGACACACCACCAGCACCGGCGCAUGUGAAUAAACACGACCAACUGCAAGAGCCACGAGAUCCAAGCACACCAAUGAUGGUUAACAUUUUAGCUCAAAAUAUCCAUGAGGAAUGGGUCAGACUGAAUGAUUUCUCAAGCACAUCACUUCCAUCUCCUGCAGACUUGCUUAUGGACGAUCGUCGGGUGGAACCCCCUUUUGAACUGGCGAUGUAUCACCCAAUCCAUUUCCAUGGACAUACACCGAUGCUUCGCCCGAUAGACUUUGGCCAAUUCUAUCCGCAUCUCAUGUUCUUCACACCCAUGGGUUACCCCCCAACAUACCCGGUUCCACGCCCGGUGCCGCAACUUCCUCCGGUAUCGAACAAACGAUCAUUUCAAUUUGUUGACCCCGAGAUACCUCAGAAUUUUGUGGCCAAUCCUAAUAAUCAUGGCCGCUGGCAAUACGACAGACAAGGCAACCGGCACUACCUGAACGCCCCGAAGAGGUCUCGUACAGAUUGA